GGCAGACCCCCCCCCCUCACACAAACAGAACAUGUUGGUCAUGCACAGUGUGACAAGCACAGCAGCGUGACUGAGCUGUCACUGCUGCCGUUUGGGGUGGGGGCCUUGCCAGUUUGGAGGUCAGGUCUGUUUAUCCUUUUCUGUGCCCCGCCCCUUAUCUAGUGUUCACACUAUCUGUCCUGAGCAUCUGUGCACAAGUGCAUCCGUUUUAAUACAGCAGCACAGAGGCCUGUACUGAAACCGUUCAGUUUCAGUACUGUGCUCGAGCGAACAGUGACAGUGCCCUUAGGAAUCAAACCGGCAACCUCUGGGUUACAAGCCCAGUUCCCUACCCCUUAUAUCACACUGCCACCGUUGUUCUCUUAUUCAGUUUGUUAAGCUUCUCUCGUGUAUGUUGAUAUCUUGACCGGCGUUCUCUCAUUUGAAGCAUUGUUAAAUGCUUGAUGCCUAGCUCUGCUAUUUGGCUCCUCUUGUGCAGGGUGGAAGUUAGCGAUGGUUUUCUGAUAUUCAGUGUUGUAAUGCUUUUCCUGUGAUGUCAGAAUGUGUAAACCACAGUUUUGCCCAUGAACCAAAUCGCUGGAUUGAUUAAUGAUGUUUAGCUGAAGUUCAUUUGGAUUGUGGUCUGGUUCUGACAUCAUUUUUCUUUGUUUGUUAUAAGAGGGAGCCUUUUUAUCAGAAUGAAGGAAAAGACAGCUUAUGUCAUUAUUGUCUAGUAUGUUUUGUAGCAGUCUAAAUCUGCUAAGCGUAAAGAUUGUUUUCAAAAAAUAUGAUUGGAGUCGGAACAGGCAGCGAUAUACUGGAAAACUGUCCUGGGUAUAUUCCUGCCUCUCACCCAGUGUGUGCUGGGAUAGGUUCCAGCACCUCCCCCAACCCUGACCAGGAAUAAGCGGAUAUAGAUAAUGGAUGGAUGGGUGAAAUCGGAACAGGGAUUCGAUAAGGAGAAUCUGAGUCAACCUUAGGCCCACCACCUGGUAUGGAAUCUGGCCUGUACCAGUUCAGAAUCAAGUUGUGUGCACUAUCAAGAGCUUAAAGGGGAACUGUGUGUGUGAAUUAGUGUGCACUGUUAAGAGCUUAAACCUUAACUGUGUAUGUAAAUAGUGUGCACUAUUAAAAGCUUAAGGGUGCCAUAUAGGUGCUGUGUGAGAUGUGCUGAAGUACAUACUGUACUCUAAAGGCUUGUGUGUAAGCUUUGUCAAUCUUAAACGUGUCACAACCGUUGGGGAGUGCUGUGUGUCUAUGUCUAUAAGCAGCUACAAGGAUGUGGGCGGUUUCAGGUGUGUGUCUGUGUGUGUGUGUGUGUGUACGUGCACACGCUGCAUGUAUUCUUCCUGAUGUAUUCUGCUCAGCUAGAGAGGAGGUCUGUGUGUGGGCGGAGCCUGGCAGGACAGCUCAGCCUCCCGUGGCCAAUGGCGGCGCUGCAUGCAAAUGAGCAGGGGCGGCGCCGUGCCUCGGGGAGGCUGGUGCAUUGUGGGGAGAGCGGCUAGCGCAGACUCCCUCGCAGCACACGAGCGCGGAGCAGCCAGCUAGCGGGAGAGGGCCCGGGGUGCGGCAGAGAAGAGCAGCGCUAUGUACUCCGCACACACAGGCAGGAACCCUCACAGCUUCCGUUUGAGGAAAAGCCAUGAGCUGUAUUACCUGAGCAUGCAGAGAGGGCGCGAUCAGGGGGACAAGAUGGAGGACCUGAGCAGGAAGCGCAGGCUGAGGGUGUGUGUGGCCACCUGUAACCGUGCCGACUACUCCAAACUGGCCCCCAUCAUGUUUGGCCUCAAGGCCGACCCUGACAGCUUCCAGCUGGAGGUGGUGGUGCUGGGGUCCCACCUCAUCGACGACUACGGGAACACCUUCCGCAUGAUCGAGCAGGACGACUUCGACAUCGGCUCCAAGCUGCACACCAUCGUGCGCGGGGAGGACGAGGCCGCCAUGGUGGAGUCGGUGGGCCUGGCGCUGGUCAAGCUGCCGGACGUGCUGCAGCGGCUGAGCCCGGACGUGCUGGUCGUCCACGGCGACCGCUUCGACGCGCUGGCGCUGGCCACAGCGGCGGCGCUGAUGAACAUCCGCAUCCUGCACCUGGAGGGCGGCGAGGUGAGCGGCACCAUCGACGACUCCAUCCGCCACGCCAUCUCCAAGCUGGCGCACUACCACGCCUGCUGCACCCGCAGCGCCGAGCAGCACCUCAUCGCCAUGUGCGAGGACCACACCCGCAUCCUGCUGGCCGGCUGCCCCUCCUACGACAAGCUGCUCUCCGCCCAUCGCCGCGACGACCACAUGGACAUCAUCAAGGCCUGGCUGGGUGAUCACGUAAAGGAGCAGAACUACAUCGUGGCUCUGCAGCAUCCUGUCACCACCGACAUAAAGAACUCCAUCAAGAUCUACGAGCUCAUGCUGGACGCUCUCAUCUCUUUCAACAAGAAAACCCUCAUCCUCUUCCCCAACAUCGACGCAGGCAGUAAGGAGAUGGUGCGGGUGAUGAGGAAGAAGGGCGUCGAGCAGCACCCGAACUUCCGGGCGGUGAAGCACGUGCCGUUCGAGCAGUUCAUCCAGCUGGUGUCGCACGCGGGCUGCAUGAUCGGCAACAGCAGCUGCGGCGUGCGGGAGGCGGGGGCCUUCGGGACGCCCGUCAUCAACCUGGGCACCCGGCAGACGGGCAGGGAGACGGGUGAAAACGUUCUGCACGUGCGUGAUGCGGACACCCAGAAUAAGAUCUACCACGCCCUGGAGCUGCAGUUCGGAAAGCGCUACCCCUGCUCUAAGAUCUACGGCGACGGGAACGCGGUGCCGCGCAUCCUGAAGUUCCUGCAGAACAUCGACCUGGACGAGCCGCUGCAGAAGACCUUCCGCUUCCCGCCGGUGAAGGAGUGCAUCUCACAGGACAUCGACCACAUCCUGGAGACCCAGAGCGCGCUGGCCGUGGACCUGGGGGGCACCAACCUGCGCGUGGCCAUCGUCAGCAUGAAGGGUAAAAUAGUGAAGAAGUACACACAGGCCAACCCUAAAACGUACGAGGCGCGCAUCGAGCUCAUCCUGAGGAUGUGUGUGGAGGCCACGCUGGAGGCCGUGGACUUCAACUGCAGGGUCCUGGGAGUGGGCAUAUCGACGGGGGGUCGGGUGAACCCCCAGGAGGGCGUGGUCCUGCACUCCACCAAGCUGAUCCAGGAGUGGAGCUCAGUGGACCUGCGCACGCCCAUCUCCGACAAGCUCCACCUCCCCGUGUGGGUGGAGAACGACGGCAACUGCGCCGCGCUCGCGGAGAGGAAGUUCGGCCACGGCAAGGGGGCGGAGAACUUCGUCACCGUCAUCACCGGGACAGGCAUCGGCGGGGGCAUCGUGCAGCACGGGGAGCUGAUCCACGGCAGCAGUUUCUGCGCGGCUGAGCUGGGCCACAUCAUGGUGUCUCUGGACGGGCCCGAGUGCAGCUGCGGGGGCCGGGGCUGCGUGGAGGCGUACGCGUCCGGCCUGGCCCUGCAGCGCGAGGCCAAGAGGCUGCACGACGAGGACCUCUUGCUGGCGGAGGGCAUGUCUCUGAAGAAGGAGGAGCCGGUCAGCGCCAUCGACCUCAUCAACGCCGCGCGCCAUGGCAACACCAAAGCCGACGCCGUCCUCAGGACCGCUGGCAACGCUCUGGGCAUUGGCAUAGUGAACAUCCUGCACACGGUCAACCCCUCGCUGGUCAUCCUAUCGGGCGUGCUGGCCUCCUUCUACGAGAGCCCCGUCCAGCAGGUGAUUGGCCAGCGUGCCCUAAGCUCCGCCCAGGGCAUACGGGUGGUGACCUCUGACCUGGAAGAGCCUGCCCUGCUGGGCGCGGCCAGCAUGGUGCUGGACUAUACCACCCGCCGGACUUACUAGUGCCCCCACCACCUUGCCUGGCCAAUCACAGCCCUGCGACCACACGGAUGGAGCGACGCGAUUGGAUAAGGAGCCUCUCUCUCUCUCUGUCUCUCUGUGUCUCUCUCUCUCUCUCUCUCUAUCGUCAUUGGCCAGAUCUGCCUUCAUCCAGACCCCCCCAUCCGGGGUACUUCAGAGCUCAUUUUCCAAACCUGUUCUUCGACCCGCGCGGGACGGACAGGAGACUAGCGCCGCCGUGCAGACCCGCACACGCUCACACAGCCGCUUCGGUUCAACUUCCUGUCGUUUAGCGUCACCAGGUUCUACAUCUCAAAGGGUUUUUAUGCUUUAUAUAGCCAACUGCUAAAACUUUACAUUGUUUUACAGGCCCGUCUUCAAUCGACAUUCGUGCUGAACUCGUCUCACAGCUGCACUCGUCUUUCAGAUCCACCAUUUGCCCAGUCUCAGUGUGGCCUGUUUCAGUGAUCGCUGGACUGGUUAGAAUGCGCUGGGGGACGGGUUCCUGCUUUUAACUGUCAGUGGAAGCUCAUUGCAAAUGUUGAUUGACAAAGAGGCUUUACAGGACACUAGGAAGACAGGACGUUUUGCGCAUAUAUUAGUACGUUAUGUUCGUCUGUAUACAGAAGUGUGUGUGUGUGUGUGUAAAUUAGAUUGUGUGUAAAUUUAAUAUAUCCUCCAUGGGACCAGAGCAGCCAAUGGGAACGCAGCUUGGAUAGAUGACUUUCGUUUUAUUGCUGCUCAUAGUUUUUAAAAUGAUAAUCAGUUUUUAUUUUUAUUGACGGGGUGCAGCUGCGUGUUCUGACCAGAUUGACAGAUAAGCUGGUUUUCCACAUAUUCUUGAAUGUACAGGUGUAUGACAUCCAAAAGAAGUGUCCAUUAAUUUAUUUAGACCAUGGUUUAGGCUCCCAUGGUGUAAUAUGGUAAGAUCUGUAUUUCAGUCUGUAUAUCUUGUAUACAUUAGCGUAUACUUUUAUCUGUGAGAAAGCGGUUGGCUCGUAGCACAGGGGUGCUGUAUUUUCAGUUACGUCGUGUUGCCUGAAACACAUUUGACCAAACGCGCUGGGGUUCCAGUCUCCGUUCGCUGUAAAACUCUCUUCAGUUUGCUCCGAUGCUUUUAAUGGUUUGUCAAAACCGAUUGCCUGGAACCAUUUGAAUAGAACUUUGUGUUCAAGUAUUCACUGGUCUUUAACAUUUAAGAUAUUCUUUUUUUUCUUAGUUUUUUUUUUUUUUUUAAUUCAGAGAAGAUGACUUAUUCCAUUUUUUAAGUUGUGCCUACUCAAUCGCAUUGAGUUCUUUAAAGUGCUGUUAUCUUCAGUGAGGUAUUUUGGCCUCUGCAUAUUCGCACAGCUGAGCUCUGUGUUUGUUUUGUCUGUGUAUCACACUACUCACACUAACAAAAUGAUCAAGAAGUUAAAUUCAUUGACCUUGUUGUUCAUCGUUUUGUCCGUUUCUUCACCUGUUGUAGCAUGUGUAACAGCUUUUUACGUAAAAAAAAUUCCCAUCAUGCACAUGGUUUCUCGCGUAACUGUGUGUGAAAUGGUAACACCAUCCUCGUGUGUUGCUGAAGAUGCAUUAUGAAGUGAAAUUUCCUCUCAAAUUUAAACCGUAUGUAAAAGCUGAUCUAGUUAACUGUUAUGAGAUUAUUGUCCAGUCCUCCGCUCUGCGUGCUGAUGUCACAGCUGCAGUUAAUGUCAUUUUAUCUGUUAAUGAGAGGAUCACAGCCUGAAGAAAGCAGCAUUUAACAGACUGCCUGCUGAAAGAAGGACGCUCUCGCAGUACCCAUGUUUCUCUGGAUCUCAGUGGGUUUGGGCAGGAUCAACUUCAGUCCUGAAGGGGGCGCUGCAUCUGCAGGUUUAACUCCAGUCCAGGAGGGGGCCGCAGCAUCUGCAGGUUUAACUCCAGUCCUGGAGGGGCCGCAGCAUCUGCAGGUUUAACUCCAGUCCUGGAGGGCUGCAGUGUCUGCAGGUUCAACUCCAGACCUGGAGGGGGCGUUGUAUACAUAUAUAUAUAUAUAUAUAUAUAUAUAUUAUUAUUAUUUUUGGUCUUUUUGCAUUCCAUAAAUGUGUGAAUAAUUUGGUGGAUUUUUAUGGUUUGUCAUUUGUUUUAAGGACACGCUAUGUAAAUCUUUGAGUUUGCUUCUUAGAAUAUAUAUAUAUAUAUAUAUAUAUAUAUAUGUGUGUGUGUGUGUAUAUAUAUAUAUAUCUAAAUGAAAUAUUUUUCCCUAAUAUUUUUUUCCAAGGAUAUGCUGGUGGCAGAUUGAUAUGACUUUUACAUUUCUGUGGAAUAGGGAUGAGUGAUAGAGAGUGAGAAUGGGGCAAUGUUUACCUGGGUUUAUUGUAGAAAGCCAGAAGGCCUUUCUGGGGUCAGAUUUUAAUGCUUGGUGUGGCGUUUCCCAGAAGAACACCAGUGCAAACGAAGGACAUUUGUUUGUUUUCGCUGGAAUAAUUGGGGCUUUGCUUGUGAUGGUGCUUGCGCCAGCCUGUUUUAAUGCUCUUGUUUUUGCCUUGUGCCUUCUUUAAAUAUUCCCUUACCCAUUGCCUGCUAGCCAAGUUUGCACACCUGCAUAAUCAUAUCUCUUUACCAGUGCUGUGAUGGAUGUGGGUACCCCCCCCCCCCCUGCCCUUUUCAUUUUUUAUGUUCUUUUAUGUUACCUAGCAACCAAGAAGUUCUUGACUUAAGAUAAUUCAGUCCGCUUUUAUUUUGAUGCUAUCCGUGUUUGUAAAGUGCAGCGCUACUUUUUUAAACUCUGUUCCACCAACGACGGUGCUGUGUGAACUUCCUGCUUGUAGAACAGCGAGUUGACCCGAGUUUCUUGGAUCAAAUUCGCCAUCAGCUGACUGAAGGCAGGUGACUGAGCUUUUAGUACCCCUGUUAGCAUUAUUCUGUAAACAAAUGCAAGAUCGGGAGGUCCAAUAUAAUGAAGUGUCAGUUCAAUGACGGUACGUACAGUAUGUGGGAUUUGAUCGAACCACGAUUUACUCACAGAACACUAUUUGGUGUAUUUAUGAAAAGAAAGUUCACAAAUAAAAGAGUUUUAAAUUAAAA